AUGCCGGCAUCUGUAGCAGUUCCGUCAGCGUUCAGUCUUGCACUCGAGAAUUAUAUUCAGUCCAGGCCGAAAAAGAGCAAAACACCCCAAUUUCUACAAAAGCUACAACAGCAGCAGCAGCAGCAACAAGUAGUGAUCGAUGCGAAUACCAUCUCGCAGGAUUUGAUUCAGUUGCAACGCGAUGCGACAGACAGCAAAGCCGCGAGCAUAGCUCGCAAAACCCUGAAGCCAGUGGUUUCUAUCCUCUCUACGUAUUCUGGCAUUGUUGAUACCUUAAUACAAGUGGACCCCAUGCCAACAGCUAUACUAUGGGGUUGUUUGAGGGCGGUUAUCGAUACCUCGAAGCGAUUUCUCGAUCUCUACGACAAGAUUGCUGAUCAACUUGAGCGGCUGGGCACUCAUCUUGAUAUUCUCACCGAGUAUGAAUGGCUGUUCCCGGAUUCAUCUACGAUGCAGAAACUUCUGCAAAAGUCGUACAUCGAUAUUAUUCGCUUUUGGGUACGGGUUGAGAAGGAAUGCAGCCGCUGCGUCGCUAAUCGACUGACUCGCGCGGUGGCUCCAUUCAGCACGACCAAACUCGAUGGGAUCAUUUCGAAAAUUGGCGAGAGUGCCGAUGCAAUGACGCGGGUCAUUCCAGUCGUGCAGGAACGGCUUCGAAGACGAGAAGCAGAAGAUGUUGCCAAGGAGCGUGAAUUGGCUGGCCUUGCAAGGGAAGAACAGGCCGACUUCAUCCAGCGGUAUGAAGCAAGAUACGCAGAGAAGCUGAAAGAACUUGAAAAGGAACAGAAACGGCAGAGGCAGAGAGAUGUGCAGAACUGGAUCCGUGCAGGAGAACCACCUCUCAACGUGAGUAAUUUCCGCCAUCACGAUGAAAAAUGUGGCGAGCGAAGCCCCAGCACAUGCCAGUGGCUCUUUGAAGACGGCAUCGUAAAGAAAUGGGUCAACAGUCAGAGUUCAGCUUCUCAGCUGUGGGUGAAAGGGGCCCCUGGCGUUGGAAAAUCCGUCUUGACGGCGUAUGCGAUUGAGAAGAUUCCCGAGAUCUGCAAUGACAAGCCAGCUGUCGUUUACCAGUAUUUUACGUUCGACGAGGAAUUCCCGACUCUUUUGGUAUAUCGAAGUCUUGCAGAGCAACUCAUUAAUCAACUGGGGAAAGUCGCGGAUAUGCCGGAGGAUAUACACGCAUUCACUCAGCGCGGCGCUACACCUUCUAAAGCUGGGGAUGUCAAGACGGUGAUUAGUAUGCUGGUGAAUAAGCUUCCCGUGUCAUAUGUUUUUCUUGAUGGUCUAGACGAGGAGUGUACGCAAGAGUCAAGGAGGAAGCAUCUGGAUGAUAUACUGGACUUCUUCCAGGACCUUGCCAACAAAACACCCAGCCGACUUCGCCUGUGGUGUUGCUCACAGACUCAUACCUGUCUUGACAACCGGUUCGAAAGCCAACCGUCGAUUGAGGUCACAAAGAGUCUCAACAGUCAAGAUAUAGAGACGUAUUUGGCGCGCAAGAUCACAGUCUUGAACCGAUUGCCUCUUGAUACGGGAUACAAAAACCUAAUUCUUAAGGAUCUCCGCGAGAAGUCAGAUGGAUGCUUUUUAUGGGCUUCUUUGAUGUUACAUUCCAUGUCAAAAGCUGCAACACUGAAUAUGGUGCAAGAGCUUAUUGAGGACGGCCUACCCGGUGACUAUGAAAAGUAUUACCGCCGAAAGAUGGAGGAUGUUGACCCCUCGCUUCGAGGGUUUGUCGCAGUCCUUCUUGCUUGCAUUGUCCAUGCAAGGCGACCGUUACGUCUCGACGAGCUCUGUGAAUGUACGGCUAUGGCCAAGGGACCAGCAGGGCACGACAUUGAUAGAAACGAAAAGCUCGUGAAGGAUAUGGUUCUGGAACUAUGUCAGCCCCUUGUCAGAAUCCACGAGAUCCAAGAACCAGAUGGAGGAAAGGUCAAUGUUUGCACUCUGACACAUGGUUCUGUGAAAGCGUUUCUGUUGAGAAAUGCUCAGAUCUUGGAGCAGGAUAAUGCUUGUGCUCUCACAAACGAUGUCAUGGCAGAUAUAUGUCUGAAAUAUUUACUACAGCCUCGAUAUCAACAGCUAUUGACCAAGAAAAACGAUACAUUUGUUGACCUUCAUGACGACGACAUUAUGGAGCACCAUCUACUCCCCUAUGCGGCUAAGUACUGGGAUAAACAUCUUGACGAUGUGGAGUUUUCUUCAGAGUUCAACCAAAAGGUCACACAGCUCGUUACCAGUUCUCAAUUUUUCACGUUGUUGCAAAUCCAGAGUUUGCUUGUAGAAGGCCAGUUUCGAUUUUGGUAUAACUCUUUCCGCCCCUGGGCUGGAAGACAUAUCAGGCGCGUCUUCCCUCAAUGGUUUGAAGAUAAUUGUGAUGGGAACUGGAAAAGAGACUAUGCGUUAUUUGUGGGCGAAUGGGGUGAAUUACUUGACGAAGACACCAGUAUUAGGGGCGCUUACGAAGGUCAGAUCGACAGAUGCUUUUUCAGGGCGCUUGGAUCGCAUAAUUUCCUCCAUCUGGGACCGAGUCGAUAUAAAAGUUUAGCAUUCUUCUCCGAAGAUAGUGCAACAGCUGAACCACCUAUUCGUUGCUUUGAUGGCGUGGAUGAAAGGGGAGAAUUGUUAAUGCUUCUGAAGCUCGAGAAUCUCAGUAGCGAGAAACUUGAGCUGCGAUGUGAGCGCUGGUCUCUGAGUGGACAACAGCCUAAAUUUCAGGGCUUUCAGACUCUCUAUGCCUCUUCUUCGAGCUGGCCCCUUUAUGAGUACCCAUUGUCCGAAAAGAUUCCGGGGCGGCCUCGUCUAGUGUCUUUUACUACGGACUUGCAGUUUAUGCGCAUUGGAUCACAGGUGUUUUCCAAGGGAGAAGACGACGAAUACAUUCCUCUGGCCGCAAUCGGUUCGGGAAACGAGUAUUUUGAGGAGAUGGCUAGCAACGGUCACUUUAUUGCGAUAUCAGCAAGACGUCUGAUGUCAAGAGCUGAUAUAAGAAACCUAGAUGAGGCCGACGGUAGCAAAGAGGCGGUUCUUGAUUACGCAGAAAUCAUGAAUAAAGCGGAAGAACUCGCGAUACAGGCGUUGGAUCAAAUCACAGCUUCUGCAUCCUCGGAGAGCAGCCAACCGUCAACCACUGCGACAGGAUCUAGCGACACGGACAAAGCUACUAGUGUUAGUUCUGCUACAUCUUUCAAUGUGGAAGAGCCCGAGGACUUUGUCCAUGACUCCCAGCUAGAGGAAGACAAGAUGUUAGAUGCGAAGUCGGAGACCGGGCAGACAGAUGAGUUUUUGCAUUCGUCGUCGAACUCGAUUAGUAGCAAUACGGCUUACACUUCUUGGAGCGAAGCUUCUUCGGAAUUGAUGUCCGAUGAAAUGGAAGACGAGGACCAAUGGAACGAUCAGCCGCUGACGCUCGAAGAACUCGAGCUUGAGAGGCGAGAAGGAUCUUUAAGUGGUGACUCUGAAGGCGACGAUGAUGGGGAGAAUGCUAAUAUUCUGCUACUGGAUGCUGAAAUUAGAAGCUCCUUCUCUGAUAUGGAUGAUGACGAAGAUCCGAACAAGCGAGAUGACCUCAAAGAGAUGUACUCGGAGGCUGAUGAAAGUUCUGGCGUGGAAAGCCACUAUUCUUCUAGCAACUACAGCUUUUCCGAUAGCAACGAUGGCUCCGAGAACGAAGAUGGCGCUCUGUUUGAGGAGAUGAUGGUCAAUAACAAGACAACCAAGGCUGACGGGACUAGACGAGUUACCCUCAGGAUAUACGAUUCGGCCAAGCUCAACCAUCAAGAUCCCGUGUUCCACUACAGCUGCUACAUCAAGGCCCGUUUGUUUGACUCGCCGCCGGCAUUUCACCCAUCGAAACCACUCUUGGUCUGGCCAUUAGGUGACGGGGAGAUUUUGUUUGCGAACUACGAGACCAAAACGUACUAUACGCGAGAGUUGUGCCGCUCACAAUCUCGUAGCUGCCACGUAUCUAUCAAGGCACAUUUCUCACGCGAUGGCCAGUAUCUGCAUUUCGCCGCCUUGGAAGCCUCCGAAGCAGUCAAGGAAGAGGGAAGUCAACCGCAUAAAGUGCUAUUGCGUCUCCAGCUUUCAACCCAUAGGCUAUCAAUACAGAAGACAGCAAGAAGUCCGCCUCGAUUGGUAUUCCGCACGACCGUCAACCUCGGCAGUGUCUCCAAAAUCCCCGUGUCCAAUCUUCCUUACUCUCUGACCUGGACAGACACGGAGCUUUUCUUUACCAUUCGCGGUAGAAAGCUUGAUGUGAUUCGAAUUCCCCUCUUUCGCUCUCCUGUCGGCAAAAGUUCAGAAGAAGUCGUCUACUACCUCAAGGAUCCGAUCUUCCUUCCACGUUCAGCAGAUGUACGAAACACGUACCUCUUUCCUGAUCUGAGCCCUGCUACUAUCACUACUCAAAGCACGAGUAAGAAAAAGGAUAGGAAGACAACUUUGAUCCUCGGGUCAUACUGCAGUCUUCCCAACCAAGACUUUUCGGUUCCUAGAAGUAUGAGUUUGCCUCCAAUGGCUGUGUAUCUACGGGAAAAUAAUGAUUUGGAAUGGACCCGGUGCACGACAAGAUACAAUGAGACCUGUACUACGCCGAAGCAGCCAGUGAACAACGCAUGCGGGAGGCUCAAGGGGAAGUUUGAAUCUUUCGAUCUCAAGGAAGACUGUGACAUUGUGCCUUACCUGUCUUAG